AUGUCAGAUGUUACCCAACAGAAAAAGAGGAAGAGAUCCAGAGAAGAAGUCGAUCGGUCAAGACCCACAGCAGACGAAGAAAUUACAGAUCCAUCCUCGAAUGAAGAUGAACAAUCAGAAGUUGCCGAUGAAGAAGAUGCAUUGGAAUCUGAAGAAGAAUUCGAGGGAGAAAAUCCAGCCGAUAAAAGAAGAAGGCUAGCAAAACAAUAUCUAGAGAAUCUGAAAAGCGAAGCUAAUGACAUUUUAACUGACGAUAGAAGUACUGAAGAAAAAGACUCAAAGCAUCUUAAGGAAAGAACGAUCGAUGAAUACAAUAACUUUGACGCUGGUGAUUUAGAUAAGGAUAUCAUUGCAUCUAGGUUGAAAGAAGACGUCGCUGAACAGCAAGGCCGGGUCUUCAGAUAUUUUGCUGAUAAACUUCUAAUAUCUGAAGCCAAAAAGAGCUUUACCAGGGUGGGGGAAAAUAAUCUUACUUGCAUUAGUUGUUUCCAACCAGUUUUAAGCAAAUAUACUUUUGAGGAAUCAUCUAAUGGCGAUAAGAACAAAGGUAGGUUGUUUGCUUAUACAGUUAGCAAAGACUUACAACUUACAAAAUAUGACAUCACCAACUUUAGUCAAAGACCAAAGAAGCUAAAAUACGCUAAAGGCGGAGCAAAAUAUAUACCUACGAGCAAGCACGAAUAUGAGAAUACCACAGAAGGUCAUUAUGACGAAAUUUUGACUGUAGCAGCUUCGCCAGAUGGGAAAUAUGUUGUCACAGGUGGAAAGGAUAGGAAGUUGAUUGUUUGGAGUACAGAAUCUUUGUCACCCGUUAAGGUUAUUCCAACAAAGGACCGCCGAGGAGAAGUUUUAUCAUUGGCUUUCAGAAAAAAUUCUGAUCAGUUAUAUGCAUCCUGCGCAGAUUUCAAGAUAAGAACAUAUUCAAUAAAUCAAUUUUCCCAAUUAGAGAUUCUUUAUGGGCAUCAUGAUAUAGUAGAAGACAUAUCCACUUUGGCGAUGGAAAGGUGUGUUACCGUUGGCGCCCGUGAUAGAACAGCUAUGCUUUGGAAGAUUCCAGAUGAGACCAGAUUAACAUUUAGAGGUGGUGAUGAACCUCAAAAAUUACUGAAGAGAUGGAUGAAAGAAAACGCUAAGGAGAGAGAAAAUGGGGAAGUCGAGUAUCCCGAUGAAUCAGAAGCGCCUUUGUUUUUCUGUGAAGGUAGUAUUGACGUUGUGAGUAUGGUGGAUGAUUCUCAUUUUAUAACAGGCUCCGACAACGGUAAUAUAUGUUUAUGGUCUCUGGCGAAGAAAAAACCUAUCUUUACCGAAAGAAUUGCCCAUGGUAUUUUACCUGAACCCUCUUUAAAUGACAUUUCGGGGGAGACCGAUGAAGAAUUAAGGAAAAGACAGUUGCAGGGUAAGAAUUUAUUACAGCCAUUUUGGAUCACAUCUCUUUACGCUAUUCCGUAUUCGAAUGUAUUCAUAUCAGGAUCAUGGAGUGGAUCGCUAAAAGUUUGGAAAAUUGGUGAUAAUCUCAGAUCGUUUGAACUACUAGGUGAAUUAUUUGGCGCUAAAGGUGUUGUCACCAAGAUUCAAGCUGUAGAAAGUGGUAAACACGGUAAAGAGAAGUUCCGUAUUUUGGCCAGCGUAGCUAAAGAACACAGACUUGGUAGAUGGAUUGCGAAUGUUCCAGGUGCCAGGAAUGGUAUAUAUUCAGCCGUCAUUGAUCAAACAGGCUUUUAG